AUUCAUAAUUAUAAACUAACUUUUGAUACUUUUGAUUGCCAGAGAGAACCUUUAGCAUCAAGAGAUUUUGAAAUUGAAUAUAAAAACUUUUAUAUAUCUUAGAUUCUUAUGGAAGCUUAUUAUGAAUUAUCAAAUAGAAUUAAACUUAAUCAUAUGGAAAAGUGUUAUUUUUGAUACAGAAAUAAUUGCUUUGGAUUCUUAUAGAAAAUUGAUGAGCAUUUCAAAAUAUAGGCAUUUGCUAUUCAUGGUUUUUAUGAGGAAGUUCCUGAUCUUUAAAUUAGAGAUGCUUGUAUAUGGAUAUGGAGAGGAGAGGAAAUAAGAUCCCUUACUAUUUUAUAUAUAGAAAGAUCAUCGAACUUUUGACUAUUUAUAAUUGAAUAAACUUAAUGUGGCAAAACCAAAAGACAAAGCAUUAUUUGAAGAAUACUAUUUAAAUAAGACUGAAGAUAAACCUAAGUUUAAGGAAUGA